CACCCGCCUCGACUUGCUGGACGGCGCAGAGCCUGCUGGGCUGCUGUUCACGCUCUACCUGCAGUAUGGUGACAAGCCUGGGGCGUCUCUGGCGGCCAGGGUCCUUCAGCUGGGCUAUCAGCUGUUCCAGGUACGCGAGUACGGCUGCUUGGCUGAGCUGGCGGCGCUCGCGGGUGCUACCGGCGGCUCUGAGGCUGGUCCGCAGUUUCUGCGUGGACUUGGCAUCACAUGUGCGCUGGCUCUGGACCGGCAGCUGGGCCGUGACGUGGUGGCCGUGACCGAGCGUGGCGUCGGAGCUGGGGUCGCUGCGGCUGGGUCUCGGAGAGCGGAGCGAAUCUCUGAGGCCGCGGGCUGCUUCUUCCGGGCGGCUGCCAGUUUAGCAUCGGAUGCCGGUGAGACACUGCGGACUAUCCUGGGCGAUCUCCGUGUGGAGCUGGCGGGGGGCAUCAAGCAGCACCUGACACAACACAAGGGCCCCGCGUCCACGGCGGCUGGCCCACAGAGCUCCCAGCAACAGCAGCGGCGCGAGGUGGCGAUGCUGCAGUUACAGUUUUGUGAGGCUGUCAUGCAGCUGUUCGAGCGGGAACGUGCACCCGAGGGCGCUGUCAUAUUCGCGGAGGCGGCUUUGGAGCAUCUGCGCACGGCGUACGGCCCCGCAGUAGCCCCGGCCGCCGCAUCCGCGGCAGCUGUCGCUGUGGUGGACCCGUCCGCGCCGCUCCUGCCCGGUGAAGACAGGCUGCUGCAGGAGGCCGCAGUGGCCACUGCCGCUGAGCGGGGAGCUCGGGAGGCCCGACUGUGGAGCAACAUUUAUUACUAUUGCGUCGAAAUGCGGCAGUACGACAAGGCGUACGGUGCACUGCUGGCCAACCCGCUGCACGAGGCGCGUCUGCAGAAUCUGCGACACCUGGUGCAUGCGCUGGCGCAGGAGGGCCAGCUGCAGACACUCUGUACGCUGCCGUUCGCGGGCGUGGCGGUGCUAUCAGUCCCACACGUUUCCAAGGCCAAAGCAAGUGUCCGCGCAUCUGGAUCCGGAAUGCAGUCGGAGCCAGUGCUCGGGGGGCCUGGAUCUGGGCCUGGGUCAUACCGGACCGUGUCGCUGCUCUCUGAGGUCCUGGACAUGUUGCACCGCCGUGCACACAACUCCGACUUGUCUGAGCGCCCGCAGCCAUAUCAGGUGUUGUACGACUUCCUGGUUUGUCGCGGGGACUUCAAGGGUGCGGCGCGUGCCAUGAGCGCUUAUGCCUGGAGACUGCGCGCGGAAGCCCCAAGCACGGCGGCGGCGGUGGCGGAGGCGCUGCGCGCUUACGACGACGCGAUCAACUGCCUAUCGCUGCUGGACGCCAAAGACGCCUGGCUGGACCUGACGGACCCCUGGCUCGAGAACCUCGCGCCACACAACCGCACACAGCCCCCUGUGGCUGCGCGGCCGUCUUCCGGCCCCAGCGCCACAGCCGACGCAGCCAGCCCAGCGAGUGCUACUGUGGCGGCUGCCCCCGCGGCCAGCGCAGACAACGCCCUGCCGUUUGCCGUGGCUGGCCCAGGCGGCAACAAUGGUUCCGGGUUGGGUGCACGCAUGGGCAGGGCCGCUGCGUCCCGCGGGGUCCAGGCUGGCGAGAAUGCGGCGCCGGUGGCCACUUUGCAGAGUCUGGAGCGUGAGCGGACCAUGUUGCACUACUGUGCAAUGGUGGCGGCGCGCGUCGCAGGCCUGGAGCCGAUGCGGCAGUGGGACAACGAGGAUGCCAUUCUGCGACAGCUGCUGCUCAUGGGCCGCUAUGAAGGCGCGCUGGCGCUUGUGGCUGGGUGCUACGGCGGCCAGGGUAGCGAUGCAUGGGCCAAGGCUCUCGAGGCGGUGGUUUCAGCGCUUGCAGCCCAUUGCACAAGGCUGCAAUUACAGGAUGGAGGUGAGACGGGUUGUGCUGCUGGUUCUUUCCAUGUACCUAAUGAAGGUGUCCCAACCGGUGGUCCACCGCUGCCGCCCACGGACCUCUUCACGGAAGACCCCGACGGCGGUGACUCUGCCUCCGGCUUGGGCGCCGCCAGCGCCGCCGCAGUUGCCGCAACCUUGGGAGGCCGGGCCGCGCCGCUGUGGGCGAAACUACGGCAGCUGCUGAUGCAGGUGGCUGAAGCGGACGCCGCUGCGGAGCAAUACGGCGGCGGGAUACGCGUAGCCUGGCUGUUGCGUGACGCCGCGGCGGAGGCUGUGCUGCGUACUGAUCCACGGGCCGAUCUGCCUCAGUGGCUGCUGGACAUGUUCCUGGCUGAGCCCGGCAGCGGCAUGGCGGCGGCGCCAUCGUCUAUGGGCUCCUGGGCGUGCGGACCUGCAUUUCUGCUAUCGCUGUACCUCCGACAUGACCGACUCGUAGCGGCAGUGGAAAUGGUGACUUCCCAGGCAAAUAGUGCUGUGCUGAACUGCUGGUUCCAGCCUAGGAUGCUUCUCUCUUUUUUUCCCAUAAGCAACCCCCUUGCCAUGGUGCGGAACCACCUUGCCCUGUAUUACGCGGCUCCACAGCUGGAGCUGCUCCACACCAAGCUCACCAUUGCGCAGCAGUUGGGUCAGGAACGCUCCGUGGCGCUGCUGGAGCAGCUGAACGCGGCAGUAGCGACCCACUUGGAGCUGGUGGGUACGGAUACGGAGGGUCUGCAGGAGGCGCUCCGGAUCGAGGGUGGCGGCGGUAGCGGUGGUGGUGAUGGCUUUGGGGCUUUGGAGCCCCGGGGCGGUUUGCCGCUUCUGCUGCCUGGGCUUUCCCCUAGAGCGUCGCCAGCUAUCGGCGCGGCGUCGCCGAUGUUUGGGUUGGCAGUGGUACGCCACGUACUGCAUACCAAGGACGGUGUGAAACACGGUACCUCGCCACCUAGCUCCAAGGACCGCUGCCUCUAUGACUCAACGCGGUGUGCAUGUGACAUGGUGGUACUGCCGCUUGUAGCUCAAGGCCUGCGUUUUCACAGGCGAAAGUUCUCACCAAUGACUUCGCGUCUCGUUACCAGUACCAAACCAGGCUGGAAGGCGUAG